CCGCAUCAGCAUUCGUUGGACACUAUAAACUUGAACGACUACCUGCGUUUCUCGAACAUCUUCUAUCCGGCAGUGGCUUUGGAAGAACUACAUUAUAUCCUCUAAAAUCAUAGAAGAACGUAUCGGCCAUGGAGUUUACAGAAACACAGAUUGCUGCAGUCGUCCCGCCUGAAGGGACAGCGUCACACCGUCUCGUUGAAAUUGACACCAAAUAUCCGAAGCCCGUUCCACAAGAAGGCGAUUUACUAAUUAAGCUGGAGUAUUCUGGCGUGUGCCAUUCUGAUGUGCACAGCGUUCGCAGGGAGACACCAAUGUUGACGGAUGUGGCGGGGCAUGAGGGGGUGGGGACGGUCGUGGGCGUGGGAGCUGGUGUCAAUGAGGAAGAGUGGAAGGGGAAUCGAGUCGGUGUCCGAUGGCUGUAUAGUUCAUGUUUGAACUGUGAAAUAUGUGCCGUCAACAACACAUCGUGUCCGUAUCAAAAGAAUGCCGGUGCAAAUGUCCCAGGAACUUUCCAGCAGUAUAUCGUGGCGCCAGCUCUCCAUGUUACGAAGAUCCCUCCGCAGCUAUCCCCGGACGAAGCUGCGCCACUUCUAUGCGCCGGUAUUGCAACGUAUUCCUCUAUCAUGAAAGCAAAGACACGACCAGGUGAUUGGCUGGUCCUUCUAGGAGCAGGCGGUGGGCUUGGACACAUGGGAAUUCAAAUAGCAGUAAAGAAGGGAUUGAAAGUAAUUGCUAUUGAUAGUGGCGAAGCAAAGAAGAAGUUGUGCCUUUCUUUAGGGGCUACAAGCUUCCUCGACUAUAAGACCGACGACAUAGAAGCUGAAGUCAAGUCAUUGACAUCCGGGCUCGGUGCACAUGCAGUGAUAUGCUUGGCAAAUAAUGAGAAAGCCUAUGCACAAAGUAUGCGGAUGCUGCGUAGAACGGGUAUCCUUGUUUGCGUUGGUAUACCGAAUAUACCCUUUAACCUUCCUGCAACGCCUCUCGAUAUGAUCGUCAAAGGUCUUACAAUCGUGGGCAAUUCUGCAGGCACGGCCAAAGAAAUGGAGGAGUUGAUGGAAAUGGCGGUGGCGGGUGAUGUAAAGGCACACAUCGAGGUUUUCGACUUUGAGCAAAUUGCUACUGUGCUGGAGAGACUGGGCAGGUCAGAAAUUGACGGGAGGGCCGUCGUCAAAAUUCCCGAAUAACUGGAGAAUGAUAUUUCUACAUUUACUCUACCUAGACCACCUCGAAGAUCUGCGGAGUCUGUGGAUCUAAUACCCCUUGAUCCAUGCGCUAAAAGUGGCGUCUUCUCGUGCGUCAAUGAUUAACACCAUUGAGGAAAGGAUAUGGAUUACGACCAGUUAUUACCCCAUAUUUUCAUAUGAUUCAGCUUUCUGGACACUGUUGCUGUCCGCAAUAGAUACUUCCGCUCUUAUCUUUUCCCGUGUAUCAAAGAAGGGGAAAGUACUAGUAGUAAGGUACGGGGGCUUCCGGAGGUUGAUCACCGCAGCUUUUAACUAUUUUUGCCCUUGAUCCUUACACAUCAAACUACAU